AUGGCGACAAGUCAAGCUGAGAGCGGCAAAACCUUGUGCGAGGGCGAAGCAAGCACGACAGCCAGCCUUGAUACUACGGUUCGAGUCGAUAUUGGCCACCAAGAGGAAUCAAGUACCGUUCAGCGAGGAGUAGCGAACUCUAACGAUAUCCAUGCUGCGAACAUAAAACCUGAUGCUGAAAAGGGGACAACACAAGAUGGCGAAGGAUAUCCUACGCCAGACCCAAAUGUCGUUGAUUGGUCUGGUCCCGAUGAUCCUGAGAACCCACGAAACUGGUCCAAAGCCUACAAAUUGACCAACAUCAUCGUCAUCAGCCUAUCCGUCCUAUACACCAACCUCGCAACCACAAUGUUCGCCCCCGGCGCCGCUACCAUGCAACGAGAAUUCGGCUUCAAGAGCAACACAGUUGAAGUCCUGGCCAUAACCAUGGCAUCACUCGGUUUUGCACUCGGCCAGUUAUUCAUACCCCCUAUGUCUGAAGUCUUCGGCCGCAUGCCCAUCUACCGCACGAGCUCAAUCUUCUACAUGGGGUUUACAGCUGGUUGUGCGCGGAGCACGAGCGUUGCAGAGUUUUUGGUGUUUCGGUUGUUGACUGGCUUGGCUGCCGCGUCGUAUAUGUCUACGGGUGGGGGGACGGUGGCUGAUCUUUUGCCGAAGGAGGAGAGGGGUGUUGCGAUGGCUAUUUUCACGGCUGGACCUCUUUUCGGGCCUGUCCUUGGCCCUAUUGUGGGAGGAUUCGUUGUCGAAAAUCUUGGAUGGAGAUGGUGUUUCUACCUCAUCUUGAUACUUGCCGGCGGAGUCACAACAAUCACCUUCUUGUUCAUGCACGAAACAAGCUCUAUCAACAUCCUCAAGUCCAAGGCAGCUCGACUUCGUAAAGAGACCGGCAAUCCAAACCUCCGCGCCGCUGGUGAUAAGCAAACCCCAGUCAAGCAGCUCGUGCUCCACGCCCUUACCAGGCCUAUGAAGUUCCUCUUCACAUCGCCAAUCGUCGCUCUUAUCUCAUUAUAUAUCGCCUUCAACUUCGGCGUAACCAUGCUUCUCUUCGCCACAUUCCCAACUGUCUACGAGAACACUUACCACUGGAGCGUCAGUAUGUCUGGCCUGGCAUAUAUUGGUGUUGGAGUUGGCUGCGCCAUAGGCGUUAUCACCUUUGCCAAACUGAGUGACCGUCUGAUAAAAGCUGAAAGGGGGAACUACCGCGCUGAACGACGACUUAUCAUGAUGAUGUUUGUAUCUCCACUGUUUCCGAUCGGGCUGUUUAUCUACGGUUGGACCACUGAGUACAAGGCCCACUGGGUUAUUCCCAUUAUCGGUACUGCGAUCUGUGGACCUGGAGCAGUUAUCAUUAACUCGUCAUCGCAGACGUACAUAAUCGACAUCUCUGGGCCUCAAGCAGCGGCGUCAGCACUUGCAGCGAUUACUCUGCUUCGCAACCUGACUGGAGCUUUUCUGCCCCUUGCUGCCCCGGCACUCUAUGCGAACCUGGGUUUGGGCUGGGGGAAUAGUGUGUUGGCCUUUAUCACGGUUGCUUUUAUACCCGUGCCGAUGUGCUUUUACUUGUACGGUGCAUCCCUGCGGAAAAGGUUCCCUGUUGAGAUCUAA